AUGGGAAUUUCUUAUAAUACCAUGUGGUUUACAAUUGAUAAUAUUGAUACUUCAUUUGAAGAAGUUACAUUUGAAUCUUCUGAUGAAUCAAGUCAAAAUUUCACGGCAGCUACAUUUCUAACUAUCGAGAAUUUACUUGUGCAGGAAUUUCUUUUAUUUAUUUGGAAAUCCAAAGUUAUCUCCUUGGGUGUGGCUCAAAAAACUAUCCUUAUUUGUUGGCCUUGUAGAAGAAGCUUUCAAAGAAAUCUCGCAAAUCGUUAUGUUUCAAGUGCCGGCAUCCCUUUUGGUGAAAAAAAUCAGACGAAUGCCUCCAGAUUCAUCAAUAGAAGAAAGAUUUCAAAUAAUAGAGGCACUGUUAAAGAGUAUUAUUUAGAUACGUAUUUUAUAGAUCAAUUGAAAUUGGUUAAACGAAAAUUUCGAAAGAAACGAAGAGAUUAUGAAGAGUUAGAACAACUACCUCCUCUUGAAGAUGAUUUAAAUGUAAAUGAACAAGAUUACGAAAAUUCUCUCAUGGAAAGAGUAAAAACUUCUUUGGUUGAUAAUUCAAAUGAUAAAGAACGAACUCGUACCUCCUCUUAUAAUUACCAUCGAAACGGAUCCUCGAGUUCACCUUCAAUGAUUCAAAUUAUCGAACCCCCUCCUGUUAAUGAAAGAGAUAAUGAUAUCAGCGAUGAUACAAUAAGGAAGUCUAAAUAUUCGAGAAGAUCGAGAAAUUCUUCGUUGGGAAUUGAUAACGUAAAUAAUCCAGCAGCUAAUGGAUCUAUUUCAAAGAGUUCUAGACGUAGAACUAAUAGUUUACCUUUGUUAAAUUUUGAUGAAUAA